AUGUUAUUAUUUUUGUGGUUAUAUCUUUGUUUGCCAUUUUGCGUUGUUUUGAUGAAAGAAAACAAAAAUAGAGGUGAACCGCAAAGAAAUAACGCGCUAUAAAAACGAUUCCCACAUUAUUUUAGUAAGAUAGAACUUAAAUUAUUUUUAAAAAUGUUAUACCUUCAGGAAAAAGAGAUUGGCGAUAUUUUAACAUGGCCUGAAACCUUUGAAGCGACUGAGGCAGCAUUAAAAUCAGUGUCUCAAAGGAAAGUGACCAUAAGUUCUAGAGUUUUUUCAGAAAUUCAAGGAACAAAGAAAUGGAUGGUUACCAUGUCGGGCAGUUUAGAAGAUAAGAAGUACGGAGCGUGGUGUUGUAAAAUAUUAACUGGAAACCCUGAAAACGUAGAUAAAAAUCUACCGUCUUUCAGUGGUAGUAUUUUGCAUUUUGAUGAUUCGACUGGUAUUUUAAAGUCGGUAAUCGAUGGUAGAUUGAUAUCAAACUAUAGAACAGCCGCUGCUUCGGCUGUAGCAACUAAAUACCUGUUCAAACCAGAACAAGAACGUCGCCAAAUUCUGUCUGUUCUUGGAUUAGGUGAACAGGGUGUAUCUCAUGCUGAAGCAUUUUAUAAUUACUUUAACUUUGAUGAGAUAAGGUUGUGGAACCGUACAAGUAAAAAGGCACAAACUUUGACUAAUAACUUGAAUAAAAAGUUUCAAACAGAUAAAUUCAAAUUUUUCGAAAAUAACAGGGAUUGUGUAACAGAUGCAGACGUUAUAGUCACUGCUACAAUUCCUAGUGAUGUUCCCAUAGUUAAAUACGACUGGAUUAAGAGCACUGCUCAUAUUAAUGCUGUUGGUGUAUCUACUUCAAGCGGCUUAGAACUAGACUCAGAAAUCUACAAAAAAGCAAAGCUAUACGUUGAUCAUAAGAACUCUGCGGAGAUUGAACUGAAAAAACUGAAAAGUCUAGGAGUGGAUCUUGGAACCGAAAUAGGGGAAGUGGUUUUGGGUCAAGUUAGUCAACCUUCCCCUAAAACGCUUACUGUGUUUCAAAGUUUAGGUUUAGUAGUAGAAGAUUGUGCAAUGGUACGAAUGAUUUCCGAUAAAUAUUCUAACAAAUUAUAGUAUAUUUUUUUUGUAAAUAUAAUCUGAUUUAUAAAAUUCU